ACCCGCGUGGCUGGCCUCGCUCUUGUCUGACACCGCCUGCCAAGAAGCCUGCACGCCUGCGCCUUGAGCCAGAGCCGAGCGUUGCUCUCCGAGCGGCACGCUGCGUGUCUCGAGCGUCACCUCGCCUCCACGCUUUCAACCUGCACGCUUGCGUCUCGCGCCUCGCCGCAGCUAGCGCUCGCCAUCAUGGCCGCAUCGCUCGACAUGGCCACUCGCGUGGCCGAGCAGGCGCAGGUGAUCGAGAACCUGCGCAGCGACGUCGCUGCUGCCGCGACCACCAUCGCCGAGCGCAAUGCCGCCGUCACGCAGCGCGACGCCACCAUCGCCCAGCGCGACGCCACCAUCACGCAGCUGCUCAUGCCGGCUGCGAAGCAGGACAGCCUCAGCAUGCAGGCGCGCAGCGACGCGGCCACGGCCGAGGCCGCCGAGAAGGAGGCCGCCGAGAAGGAUGAGAUGGAACGCCUCGCCGCCGCCGCCGCCGCGCGCGCGACGAAGCGCACAUUCGAGGAGAUGAGCAUCGCUCCGCGCCCCUCCGCGGCCAUGGGCGCGCUUGAUUACGUGCAUCGCAUUCAUCAAGAGCGCUCGCCGUACGCUGCAGCGCGCGCUGCGCUUCGUGCGGAGGCUUAUCACCAGGGCAUAGAGCCGCCGGCGCCGUACAACCCGCUCGCCCGCGAGAUCGAUCCUGCCUACGAAGCGGUCCACAAGCGCGUCGACGGCAAGUGGCUUCUGAAGCACAAGCAGACAGCUGAUGCUGACCUUGAUGCCCAGAGGAACUCGCUGCGCGCGAAGCUGCGCGCGAAGCUGCCCGCCUCGCCUCCGCAACGUUGCGCGUCGCAGAGGCACGCACCGCACGCGUUGCUGCUGCCCGCGCCACUCGCGCUGCUGCGGGCGAGGACUCGAACAGCGACGACGAGUAUGUCUAGGCGGCUAGGCGCGGCCGAUCUCACGAGCAACAGCAAGGGCAAGGAAGCGCGCACGCUCAGCGUUAGCGAGAUGUUCUGAGGCCCGCGGCGAUGCGUGUCCGACGUUGCCAGCAUCCCGCAGCCCAGUACCACGCACAACUGCCAGCGCAGCAGCCGCCAGUCCGCAGCCCGACUCGUCUCAUUCCCGUCGUCGCCCCACAUACAUACCUCUCCACUCAGCGAUACCGUCCCGUGCACGCACGCAAUCAUGAUGCAGUCCCCAG